GACUGGAGAGGGACAGAGGGGGGCGGGGGGCGACAGAAGGAGCCGAUGAUCUAAAUGUUUAAAUCAUUAUGGUGUGCGUUGGUGUGUGGCACAGUGUGAAGAACAGGGUUUAGAUUGAGGCGGCGGCGAAGGAGGAGCAGACAGCCUCCGUGUAGCAUGUGCAUUUCCUGAACGCAAGCGCACAUCUAGCUACCGCGCAGAGAGGUGUUGAUUGUCGGCGGCGGAGGUCUGGAAGGUGCACUGCUGUCGCUCAGCUGUCUCUCCUCCUGUCACCCUGGGGGAGGGAGCGACACAGAUAGAGAGAGAAGUUUCCUCCGCUCUUGGCGCACGGUCACAGAUCGUUCACUUUCACGCGAUGGCACGCCUGCAUCCGCGUGCAGCGCUGUUGCGUUCGGAGCUCCGCCGCUUCCAGGAGAUCUGAGAAAUCUCCCCCCUCACCUCUCCACCACCCCCCCAAAAAAGUGGCACCAAUGGCUGAUUUUGGAGAGAACAAGAGCGCCGUCGGUCCACCGGUUGCUGGCUGGAAAGCUGCGUCAGGAGGAGCCGGAACGAGCCUGGAGACGCACCGGGGAGAGCCGGUGUCAAACGGAAACUGCAGCGUGUCAGACACCGUCAAGAGGGUCCAAAAGGAAUCCAGCUGCGAGUCACCGACGUGGGAGAGCGCGGGUUCAGAUCCAUCCUCCAAAGCAAUCCCUCGACGCAGCAGUCUGAUCAAGGAUGGAUCACGUGCCGGUCGGGAGAGGAAGAAGACAGUGUCCUUCAGCAGCAGCCUAUCAGAGAAGAAGAUCAGCAGUGCUGCAGACUGUAUCCACUCCAUGGUUGAGGGGAGUGAGCUGAAGAAAAUCCGAACCAACUCACGUGUUUACCUGCGUUACUACCUGCUGGACGCAGGCCUUCAGGCUCUAUGCUGGGAGCCGUCCAAGAAGGAGUCAGACAAGGCCCGCAUCUCUCUGGCCUGCAUUCGAGAGGUGCGGACAGGUCGUAACACAGAAACCUUCCGCACCAGCGGCGUUUAUGAGCAGAUUUCAGAGGACUGUGCGUUCUCCAUCAUCUAUGGAGAGAUGUAUGAAAGCUUGGACCUGGUGGCCAACUCUGCUGAAGUGGCUAACAUUUGGGUGACUGGCCUGAGGUAUCUGAUGCAGUAUGGGAAACAUGCCCUGGACAUGCUCGCCAGCAGUCAGGACAGCCUUCGUCUUGGCUGGCUGGAGAAGUUGUUCUCCUCUGCUGCUGAUUCGGGAGGACAGGGAGAUAUGGAGGAAGGGAUCUGCUUGCAGUCAGCUGUUAGGUUGAUACAGAGCGUGAACCCUGGGGUGGGCAGCAGCAAAGUGGAGCACAGGUUUAAAGAGCUUCAAAGAGUUAGGGAGAAGAUGUGUGGGCUUACUCUGGAUAAUGAAUCAGGAGUGAAAGAUCACGGUGAAAACAAAAGACUAAUCACAAGAAAUGAGCAAGUCACCAAGCAGGAGUUUAUCAAGGUCUUCCAUGACUUCUGCACACGUCCGGAGAUCUACUUUCUGUUGGUGCAGUUCUCUAGCAACAAGGAGUUCCUGGACACCAAAGACCUGAUGAGGUUCCUCGAGGCUGAGCAAGGCAUGGCUCAGGUGAGCGAGGAGACCAGCCUGAAGCUCAUCCAGUCCCAUGAGCCAUCAGAGGAGGGCCGGCAGCAAGGAUACCUGUCACUAGACGGCUUCACCAGCUACCUCACCUCAGCAGAGUGCCACCUCUUUGACAGGGAGCACGACACUGUGUGCCAGGACAUGUCUCAGCCUUUGUCUCACUACUACAUCAACUCCUCCCACAACACCUACCUCAUUGAGGACCAGUUUCGAGGUCCAUCCGACAUCUCUGGCUACAUCCGUGCCCUUAAAAUGGGCUGUAGAUGUGUGGAGGUGGACGUCUGGGAUGGCCCUGAUGAGGAGCCGGUGGUGUGUACUGGACACACCCUCUCACCACCACUGUCCCUGCGUUGUGUGCUAGAAGCAAUUGGAAAGUUUGCUUUUGUGGCCUCGCAGUACCCAUUAAUUGUAUGUGUUGAGAACCACUGUUCACCUCAACAACAGAGAGUGAUGUGGCAACAUCUUGUGAGGAUACUAGGAGAUAAGUUAUACACAAAACCCCUACAUGAAGGGGAGUCAUACCUACCAUCGCCGCAUGCCCUAAGGCAUCGAAUCCUGUUAAAGGGUAAGAAGUUGGGGCCAGGUCCUGAUGGGGAGGAUGGGGAGGUAAGUGAGGAGGAUGAAGGGGCAGAGAUGUGUCAAAGGAUGAAAGCAGCUAACAGUGGAGGGGCAGGAAAUGAGAAGGACGUGGUGCAGAAAAGUGUCUCUUUCACAGUUGUCACUCAGUGUAAUCCUCUUCAUCUUCUUCCCAAACGUUUCCAACUCUUGAAGGAGCUCUCUGACCUGGUAACUCUUUGCCGCUCAGUCCGCUUCAUUGACUUCCCAACUUCAUCCAAAUGCCAGAAGCCUUGGGAAUUGUGUUCCUUACAUGAGUCACAGGCCGUGCGUCUCGCUGGCGAGAGCCCUGGCGACUUUGUCAAUCACAACAAGCAUUUCCUGUCACGGGUAUACCCCAGCCCCAUGCGUAUUGACUCGAGCAACAUGAACCCUCAGGACCUGUGGAAGUGCGGUUGCCAGAUUGUGUCUAUGAAUUUUCAGACAGCAGGACUGAUGAUGGACCUGAACACGGCCUGGUUCAGACAGAAUGGGAGCUGUGGUUAUGUUCUGCGGCCAGCCAUCAUGCGGCAGGAGGUGUCUUAUUUCAGUGCCGACACCAGGGACACGGUGCCUGGGGUGUCUCCACAGCUGCUGCAUGUGAAGGUGAUAAGCGGCCAGAACCUACCCAAGCCUAGGGGCUCGGGGGCCAAAGGGGACGUGGUGGACCCCUAUGUGUAUGUCGAGAUCCACGGCAUCCCAGCUGACUGCACGGAGCGCCGCACCAGGACGGUGACACAGAACGGGGACAAUCCCGUCUUCGAUGAGAGCUUUGAGUUCCAGAUCAACCUGCCGGAGCUUGCAAUGGUUCGCUUUGUGGUGCUGGAUGACGACUUCAUAGGGGAUGAGUUCAUAGGUCAGUACACCAUCCCUCUGGAGUGUCUUCAACCAGGCUACCGACAUGUACCGCUCCAGUCUCUGACAGGGGAGGAGCUUCCCCACGCCAAGCUGUUUGUCCAUGUGGCCCUGACCAAUCGCAGAGGGGGUGGAAAGCCUCACAAAAGGGGACUGUCUGUGAGGAAGGCCCGCAAGGGGAGGGACUACACAGCUCUGAGGGACUUGGGGGUCCGAGCUGUGGAUGAGGUUUUCAAGAUGGCUGCUCCUCCGCUAAGAGAAGCCACUGACCUGAGGGAAAACAUGCAGAACUCUGUAGCACUGUUCAGGGAGCUGUGUGGGGUGUCGGCGGUGGCUAACCUCAUGCAGUGUGUCCUAGCUCUGGGCUCCAGGGUGUCAGGACCAGACGGGGCACCUUUACUACUGUUUGACCUCCGGGACCACUACCCCACACUGGAGCCUCAGGGUCCCCUGCCUGAUGUCCUUCGCCGGGUCGUCUCUACUUAUGAAAUGAUGGUCCAGGCGAGCAGAGCGGUGAUGGAGCUCUCUGAUGGAAUCGCCGACAGGAUCCUGCAUAUACAGACAAUGGCCAUGGAGUUUCAUGAGAAGCUGCAGAGUCUGGCAGCGAAGGAGGGGCUGAGGGGUCGCAAGGUCAGUCGGGCGCUGGAGAGUUUCAGCUGGAACAUCACCAUCCUUAAGGGUCAGGCUGACCUGCUGAAGCAUGCCAAGGCUGAAGUCCAGGAGAACAUGAAGCAGGUCCAUGACGCUGCUUUGACUGGAAACCUCACCAAAGAGAGUCUAGGGAUAAGAAGGGUCCGCUCUCAAACACGACGAAGCCAGGAUGACAAACCCAAUACGAGUGCUAGAGGACCCUCGGCAUAGCAAGCAAAUGAAAGAGGACAUGACCAAAUUGCCAUCGUAGCUGCUGUGACAAACCCUUUCCAUGUUAUUAAAAGUUCCAAGGUCUUACUCCGCCUUAGUGUCAGACUUUCACAAUGCUAUGGGAGAGAUAUAGCGAGUACUGUGUUUUUAAAAGAGAAGAACAGAAGAGUUGAUGAAUGUACAAGUCUUCAAAAUGCAGCCAUUGUCUACCCACCUCUCGUGGAUGACACUCGAGAGCCGCCGAAGUGCAGGAGCGCUGCUGAAAGGAGACGAGAUAAAUGACAUCGGGGGGAUGAAUGUAGUUAGAUGUGAAGCCAAGGUUGAGUUGUUUGUGCUGCAUUAAACUGUAAAUACAA